UUUAACUCUUAUUUGGUAGCAGUUUAGAAUUUUUGCACCCUGAUAGUAAAUAAAAGCAAAGAAAAACUAACAGUAUUUUUGUUUGGCUAAAUUAAUUAUGUCACCCUUGAAGAGAAUGAGAAUCACCAUAUCUACAGCAUCUGCUCCUCCCUGGGUCUCCAGCCUGCUGGCCUACUUUGCAGAUUUGAACUUGCCAAACUCCACAAUCAGAAUUCCAGUGACUUCCAUUUCAGAGAACCAGCAUUCAAAGAGGAAUUCAAUGUCUUCACACUGAUGACGUUUCUACCAGCUUAAGCAGACUGUGGUACCCCUUGGGAGCACCAUGGUCUGAGAGGCUAGAUCUGGCCACCCCAUGCUGGGCGCAGGUUAUAAGCCAGUUUGAAUGAAGCAGGGCGAGGAGCCAGAUGAGGAUUUCAGCCCCUCCACUGACAGGCUGAAGGUUGCUGCGACUGUAAGGUAGAAGUUGCUACAUCCUUCCUCAUCAUUAUUCAAAAUAUGCAGCUGACACUCAGACCAAGACACAGAUGAAUAAAAAUGCUCACCAAGCUUUUUUUUUUUCCUCGCAGAGAAGAUGAAAAUGCAGGGGGCCCCUGUCAUAGAAAGUUUGCCUGGCAUACUUUAUAGAGCUUGAAUAUUCCAAAUCUGAGAUAGAGCAGCCAUCCACUGAACCCUGCCACAAACUUGUCGCUGGGGCAAGGCAAGGUGCCUGUGCCUUCCCUGUCUCCUACCCACACUCUCUUUGCUCUUUCUGGCUGCCUCCGGAGAGAUGGUGUCUUUGCCAAGAGACAGGAAGUAGAAGAGGCCACGUUUAUUUAGUAAACGCUGCCACCUCUCCUACCACCCCACUCUACAGUACAUCUGUGUCUAAUGCCACGUUUCUAUCUCUACAGAAAUGUGGACAAGAUGGGAGGGACGUGAGACCCUCCCUUGGGCUUAGAUUGUCUUGACUUAAGGAGGCAGCAUUGAUUAAGACACCACUAUUUCAAAUUGUUUCUUUCUUUGGCACCCUAAAGUUUUUUCACUUUCCAGAACAUGGCACCCUAGUAAUAUUCAAGUCAGGUCAGAGCCUUUUUUCUUCUGAUAGGGAGAAAGACAAGGUCCUUCCCACUGCAGGUAAGUUUUACAAAAGCAUCCAUAAAGAAACUGGAAAUCUGGAAAUGGAUUCUCUUAAAAUUACCGGGCCUGCAUACCCUUUGAAAAUCUGCAGGUGCCCUUGGGGGUUUAUCUCAGUUUGAAGACAUUGCCGUAGCCCAAACAGCUGUAUCUUGUGGGUGGCAGGGAAGCACAGCACUGUGGAUGCUAUACCAGGAGGGCCGGUGUGGGAGUGGACCUGGCAGAUCACAUCAGAGAAGCUGCCACUCACUUAGUGCAUAAGAUUUGUCUCAAAUGCAGUCAGCAGUUUUUUGAGGCCUGAGCUGAGCCUUGGGACAUAUUCCCCCUAGUGAGGUCCUGUAUCCGCCAUACCACAGGCCUUGUCAGAGCCUAAGCACAAUCAUGGAGUGGAAAAGGCUUUAUUCUUUCCUUCUCUUCCUUUGGGAUGAUUGUCACGCCUCCCACCCUGUGGACAUCCAGGGGCCUCAACAGUCAUCCUUCCCUAUCAGCUUUUAAUUUAAAGGGACCUCAGUGCCUUCCUUAACACUGAAAAAUACUAGGAUAGAUGGCAGCUUACACUGCGAUUUUUGCCAGGAGAGGCUACUUUCUAAUAGCCUGACGUCAAUAGUUCAGACACUUCUCUACCAUAUUCACAAUGUUUACCAUAUUCAUGUAUCAUAUCUACAUUUCUUUUUUUUUCUCUGAAUUGACUCACCUUUCUACUUUUACAAAUUUAGAUAGAAAACUGUUGUAUUUCUACCAUAAGAGCAUCCCUCCUCCCUUAGCCUAGAGUAUCCAGAAAGCAAAGCUGGAAACAAAGGUCUAGUUUAUUGAGAAGGUAGUCCAGCGGUACAGAACGGGAGGAUUGAGACAGGGAAGAAAGAAAAGCCAGUAGAAGGGUACUUUACCAUGCUGGCUUCUGCUGCAGGCAGCUGGCACUCAGUCCCACUGGGGCCUUCCGGAAACCCUCAUGAAAUGUUUCUCAGAACUCCCCACCUGGAAGCUGUCAGCUUCCAACCUCCUCUGGUCAAGAGUAGCCCCAUGGACACUAACUACCCCCAUAUUCCCAGGCUGCACAUGUUUAAGUACAGAACUUGCAAGGGUAACCCCUGCCAAAGCAAAAGAGAAGCCCCAGGGCCAGGAGCCAACUGCAAAAGGUUGCAGGCCCAGGCAAAGUGCUGUCAGGUUCUAUUUGUGCAAAACCAGUCAGCUGCACCAGCAUGUGUCAGCUGUUUACCCACAGAAUGCUCCAGAAUUCUACACAGGCUGGUUGAAAACAGGGAGUCUGGGGGUGGGGUAAGGGGUAAGGGGGUGGUACUAAAAUCUUCCUCACCCUACCCCUCGGUUCUGUCAUUGUGCUCACCUGAGGUGCCUGGGAUCCUGUCCAACAUGGCUGCCGGAAGUCCUGUCUGUGAAGAUAGUGGGGGUGGGAGUGCAGUUAAGGGCAGCCUAGUGAACCCAGCACUCUCCAAAAAGUGACCACGACAUAUGAGGUAGACAGCUCACUCCUGCAUUGGCAUGACUGUUGAGGAGAGAGGGGUAACUAGUUGUUAAAAUUUGAGACUCAGAAACUACUGGCCCACAAAGCUCACAGUCUAUCUACCGCCAAAGCCAAUGCCCCCCCCAACUCCCCACCCUGGCCUCCCAUUCACCCCCAGGCUGCCCUCUACAGUCUUCUCUCCCCUUGAGACUUUUGGUUUGUGUGAGAUGGUGAGGGAGGUGCUGUGUGGUUUGUCCUGGCCACACCCUCUGAGGAGGUGGCUGACAAAAAAGGACAGCAAGAGCAAGCUUCCUCAAAUUAUACAUAAUACCCUACCCAUCUCCUGCUUUGACUUAAAUGCUUCUGGUGAAAGAACAUCAGAUAGAUCUUCUAGUGAGUAAAAGGAAGUUGGAAGGGGGAUUGCCACCUCUGGUAUAUCACCCAAAGAAAAGCUGAGCAACUUGCCAUUAUUUUGGAGACGGCAAGAAAAGAACAUCUCAGAACUGGGGCCUCAUCCUUUGAUUUUUUAAUUUUUUUAAACACAAGAAAAAAAGAGGAAUUGUUCUUCAGCAAGUAAGUACAUUUACUACUAUCUUAAUAUGGGAUAGCUCAGUAGGAAUAGUUACCAACAACCUGACUGCCUUUUUAAAUAAACAUACCAUCACUCCUAUCUCCAAGAUGCAUACUUACUUCCAAAGGAGCCUCCCUGGGGUCCCAGCAUGGCUGGUGAGUCAUCAACAGAGUUAUGACUCAUAAAAUUCUAAAGAAGUGAAUUUGAGCUAAUCCUGGUUAAAAUGGAGUGUGGCUAAUAAAACAGUCAAGUGAGGCUAGAAAAUGAGCUCUGGGAUGGUUCCCAAAAGGGGUCCCAAAUGUCUUCUGAGUAGCAUUGGACUGUGUCUGUGGUGACAAGCUCAGAAGAUCACAUUGGAGCACAACAUUCAUUUUCAGUUCUAAAUUCUGAUAAAUUUCCUGAAAAAAUUUCCUCCCAUGGUAAUACAUAAUAUAAAUAAGUAAUUUUUGUAGUACGUCUUUUCCCUUUUUACUAACAGAUUUUUCUGUUGAUUCAGAACCUCUGCCGGUUUAAGACAUGUUCUUUGUGCAGGGCGUUUAAGAAUGGAGACACUUUUUUAUGUUAAUGUAUUGAGAAGGAAGUCGUUUCAUAAUUUAAGUCCUGCCUUGGACAAAAUAGGACCUCAUUGGUGCUCUGUGUUUCUUGGUAUGUUUUGAAGAGGAUCUGAAUUUUGGCCAGCGGAUAUUGAGGGCCCUGAUAGUUCUCUGUGCUUUGACCGAAGUCUCAUUGUCCCCAUUAAGCAGAACUAUUCCAUGGGAGCUGUGGUUCGUUCUGGAAACAUGUACAAGGCAAGAUCACCUCCUCGGAGUUCCCCCGACCUUUGCUUUACCCUUGAGAUUGUGUGGUUUAGAUGUUGCUCAGAUUAAGGUUCCCGACUCAUUUCAGGUUGUGAAAAUAAAUCCACAAUCUUUUAUAUUCAGGAGUUUGGAGACCCAGCAGAAGCCAUGGAUCACCCAGCGAAGUGGAGAACACCACUACUCGAGCAUCUGUAUCUCAAGCUCUUUCAGUUCUUGAUGCUAACUAGUCCUUUUUACUUCUGUUCAGGCAUCAUCCAGGUGAACAAGACAGUGAAAGAAGUAGCAGUACUAUCCUGUGAUUACAACAUUUCCACUGAAGAACUGAUGAAAGUUCGAAUCUAUUGGCAAAAGGAUGAUGAAAUGGUGUUGGCCAUCAUGUCUGGAAAAGAGCAAGUGUGGUCCAAGUAUGAGAAUCGCACCUUCACUGACUUCACCAAGAACCUCUCCAUUGUGAUCCUGGCUCUGCGCCUGUCAGACAAUGGCAAAUACACCUGUAUCGUUCAAAAGAUUGAAAAAGGCUCUUACAAAGUGAAACACAUGACUUCGGUGAUGUUAUUGGUCAGAGCUGACUUCCCUGUCCCUAGUAUAACUGACCUUGGAAAUCCAUCCCGUAACAUCAAAAGGAUAAUGUGUUCAACCUCUGGAGGUUUUCCAAAGCCUCACCUCUCCUGGUUAGAAAAUGAAGAAGAAUUAAAUGCCAUCAACACAACAGUUUCCCAAGAUCCUGAAACUGAGCUCUACACUAUCAGCAGUGAACUGGAUUUCAAUAUAACAAACAACCAUAGCUUUGUGUGUCUUGUCAAGUAUGGAGACUUAGCAGUAUCACAGAUCUUCAACUGGCAAAAAUUUGAGCCACCCCCUCCUGAUAAUUCAUUCCUGCUCUGGGUCAUCGUAGUAGUAAGUGGGAUUUUUGUGAUCACUGUCAUUAAAGGAAUCUGCUCAGCCUACAGACUUGCUGCAAGAUGUAGGAGAAAGAGGAAUGAGGAGGGCAUGGACAUGGAAAAGAUCACUCCUAUCAACAUAGGAUCUGCCCAAGCAUCCGUAUGAGCAGAACAUCUAGAGGUCCCACCUCCAACUUAGAUUGACCUCUUCUUUGAAUUUCCUCGGAUGGCCAGGAUUAUCCCACCUUGCACUUCAAGUAUCUGUUCUCUAGGAGCCUCUUCAUUUCAGUGGCCCUGCAAAAAGUGACCAGAGGAAUAUGGUGGGGACAUAAGUAGCUCUGGUAACCUUGGUCAAAGAAUUUAGAAACAAAGAAUUGUUCAGGCGUGGAAGAGACAUUUGAAAACACUUGUCUCAUUAAUGACAAGGACAUCAAGGCCCAGGGGGGUGACCUGAAUGAUAGAGGCCUGAGCCAGAACUCAGAUUUCCUGUCUCUGGUGCUCUUUUCCAUUAGCCUGGCUCUGUGCUAUUAACUGGUGUGUGUGUGUAUAUAUAUACACACACACACCAGUCAAAAUGCUUCUGGAAAAAGAAUUUGUCCAAUGUCAGGUCAACUCUUGAGACUUGAUAUGAUGCAACGCUGGAGGAUUUUGUGUUGUUAUAAAAAGCAAUCUGAUGUUCAUGUGUUGGUAGUAUGCUGGUAUGUAUACCGAUGUGAGGACGAUGGAAACAUUAGUGGUGUUAGCCAGUAUUUCAUUUUUCAUUGUGCUCUCUUCUGUUGCUCUCCCACUUCUCCAUCAGGUUCUGGAGAAAGUAGAUCUAUCCAAAACUGAUAUCCUGUGACAUGUAAGAUGAAUGACUUAUACACCUCAAAGCAAUAGUCAGGAUGGAGAGGGAUAGGUGGGUUUAAAGAAUCAUAUCCUACUGGUUCAUAUUGGACUAAUAAUCUCCUUAAAUGGCUUUAUGCUAGUUUAACCUCAUUUAUAAAAUAUGAGAAGGUUCUCAUUUAAAAUGAGAUAGGUUUUUAUGGUGUAUUACUAAACAGUAAGCUGUCCUUAGAAAUCUAUCGAGGUAAUGAAAACAGCAUUCCAUAGGCCUUCCUUAGAUCCCUAAAGUGGCUUUUCCUCCUUGGUAUUUCUUUUUUUUUUUUUUUUAAAGGCUACUUUAUUUUUUAAUUUUUUUAAAGAUUUGAUUUAUUUAUUUGAGAGAGAGAGAAUGAGAGAUAGAGAGCACAGGAGGGAAGAGGGUCAG